AUGGCACCUCCGAGCCCAUCUAUACAUACAAGGCCAGAUCAAAACAUAGAAUAUACAUGGGCUAUCCCACCAUUACAACCGAGUGUAGUAUCCAACUCAUGUUCGCAUGCCCGGCUUUCUGCAGACGUUGGCGCCGUCUCAUUCUACGAUACCACUCUAUAUUCCAUAACCACUCCAACAUUACUUUCCUACUCCUUUUCCGGUUCCAAGUCUCAAAGUGCCAAGUUUGAGGAUAGACGUAGAGCAAAAGACGCGCUUCUAGACAGCAGACAAUUCCCGGUUGGACUGACGGUACAACUCGAUCAUCAAAUCACUACUUUUGUAAGAAUUUCUCAACGAAAAGUUGGCAGCGAAAAUGAGGAUGGAGAGCCAGCCAGAUUUCCGCAUUCGUUGCAAAAACACUCAUUUUGGGAUGACUGGCUAAUAGAGUCUGGAGUGGAAGUCACACGACAAGGUAAAGUGCGGACCAACCGCCAUUCAAGAUCAGAUAUGGAUACAGAAUAUAGAGACUAUCCCAUAAGGAUGGAGCCAAUUCCAUCGAGGCGCUAUGGAUUCGAAUUAGAUACAGAACCUGGAGAUGAGCAGGAAAUGAACCGUCAAGGUCCCCAGGAUUCGGCUAUAGAGAAAGCUUUAAGUUCCAGUUCCGGAAAUAAAUCCAAGGCAAAAGACGCGCUUAGACCUCAACAAACGAUUCCUGGCGGACUGAUGGUACACUUUGACCAUCAAUUCACCACCUUUGUAGGAAUCCCUCAAGCAAAAGAAACUUAUGGGCGAAAAGACAAAGAGUAUUUGGCUUGGAAGAGGUUUGGUCGAAAAUACCAUGUGCACGAGGCAACUCUCAGAAUUCUCGCAAAGCUAAAAUGCAGAAUAGACGUAGACUGUACUGCUGGUCAACAUACACAAGAUAGACUCGAGGUCAUAAAUCAUCUGCCGCCUACUAUUCCCUCUGAAACAGAUAGACGAACCAGGAAUUUGCUAGGUCAGCGCCUAGACGAGACUAUGGUUUAUCUAAGUGAUAAUGGUAUCCAUACCACAUCAACGCCUUCAUCACCUUCAACGGCUCGUCAAUGCUCUCUGUCCACUCGAUAUAAGCCACCGCUCCAAUCCGACGCGCCGCUGCCUCUCCCUCCUCUCUCGAGAUUAAACGAACCUGUUCAUUCGUCGACACUGUUUGCUGUGAACGUGAUUGCAUCUCCAAAUAUACUUCCGAAAGAAUAG